AAGUAUCGCACUGCUUUGGCCAUCUCUAGGCGACGCGACGAACUGAAACCAACGUGCUUAUUUUCCGCUCGGGAUUUUACCAGAUAAAAACUAAUCGAAAUGGGCGUACAAGUUGUUCCAAUUGCUCCCGGUGAUGGCAGCACCUUCCCGAAGAAUGGGCAAAAGGUUACGGUCCACUACACUGGCACCCUGGACGAUGGCACCAAGUUUGACUCGUCGCGCGACCGCAACAAGCCCUUCAAGUUCACCAUCGGCAAGGGCGAGGUCAUCCGCGGCUGGGACGAAGGAGUCGCCCAGUUGAGCGUCGGCCAGCGCGCCAAAUUGAUCUGCUCACCGGACUACGCCUACGGCAGCCGCGGCCACCCCGGCGUUAUUCCGCCCAACUCCACCCUCACCUUCGACGUGGAGCUGCUCAAGGUCGAAUAAGCGAGUGCAAGCCAAGCCGACUGUUGUGUAUACCCCUAAAAAAAUCCAAGGGGUUGACGGACCGGCGCACGGAAUACCAACACCAAAACCGGAACCAGAACAAUCCAGCUGCAUUUGCCAACCCAAUAUAAAUGAUAACUCACAAUCCAGCUCUAAACUAGAACUAAUUUAACCGCAAUGGGAACGCAUCUUCUACGCAUACAAAUAAACAUUUAUUCAAGUCAAUAACAA